CUUUAAAAAAUCUUUCUACCUAGUUAUGGAGACCGGUGACAGCUGCAAUAUUUUUUCCGGUGGGUUUCCUCUGGCUGAUGAAGCUCUAUCUGUUGGUUACUUACUCAAAAAAAUUGGAAGAAGAACACUAUGCCACGAGACGAGGAACAUAUGCGUUUCUCUUGCUGGUAAAUUGGAUUGUGUGUGUCACUCUUGGACUUGUAUUUUAUUACCCAAUUCUGCUGGACCCGAUGAUAAAUUCUGUCGUUUACAUUUGGUGUCAAUUAAACCCGAAUGUGAUUAUCCGGUUUUGGUUUGGGACCGAGUUCAAGGCUAAAAUAUUUCCGCUUGUCCUCGCCGUCGUAGAUCUCAUCAUUUACGACGAAUGGGAAGCCCAAGUCAUUGGAAUUCUUGCUGGUCACGCGUACUAUUUCUCCACCACGAAAUGGGCCAGGAUUACUGGGAGACCACUAUUUGAAACCCCACGGUUCUUCCAAUCCCUUUUCCGCAAUCCAAGGGUGGCACAAAUGUCUGAGGGGAUUUAUGUCGAAGACUAUCGAGACGCUGGACCCACAAGAUUGACCCCGUCUACGUACAGCUUUCCAGGGACCGGGCGUCUUCUCAGUGAUACUGCUCAGUAAUCACAAGACUGAGCUAAAAUUUUGACACGCAGAAUAUCUGAUAUAAUCUGCAUAACUUAUACUUUCUCUAUUUCAAUUAAAACUUAUUUCAAACA